UGGACAGCGGCUCUCAUUAGGAGGGUUUGCUGUGUUGCCUGGCCACAUUGUGUCACCGCGUGCUUCACUUCUGAAACACCCACGCCUUGCAAUUGAACAGGCCAAGCUUUAGCACAUCCUUCUCCUGCUAAAAGUUCGAAAGCACCUCAAACUGUGUCCUAUUGGUAGGGAAGACCACUUCUUGUUGCAUGGUAACACCUGGAGCCCACCUCACGGCGGCUGCGCAUUAACUUCCCUCACUCAACGCGCAAACUGCUCGCAGCCUCCACCUACUCAGACCUUGAACCCUCCGGAUCACCGCCACGAUGUCUAUGACCAUUCCAGAGCUUGACGCCACCGUGCGUGCCUUUUAUGAAGGCCGCGGUGAGCAGCAGAAGCAGGCUCAAGCCAGCCUCAACCAAUUCAAAGAGAACCCGGAUGCAUGGCUUAUGGUGGACAAAGUGCUGCAGGAGGCGCAGUAUCCGCAGACCAAGUAUCUCGGCCUUCAAGUCCUGGACAACGUGAUUAUGACGCGGUGGAAGGUGCUACCGCGCGAUCAGUGUCAAGGCAUUCGUAACUUCGUAGUCAACUUCAUCAUCGAGAGCAGUAGCACAGAGGAGAGCUUACGCAAGGAGCGAACAUUACUGAACAAGCUCAAUCUCGUGCUUGUCAGCAUUCUCAAGCAGGAAUGGCCGCAUAACUGGCCGACUUUCAUUAACGAGAUCAUUUCCAGCUGUAGGAGCAGUCUGCCGAUUUGCGAAAACAACAUGGCAAUUCUGCGCCUGCUGUCAGAAGAAGUCUUCGACUACUCUGCCGAUCAGAUGACGUCCACGAAGACACGGCAACUGAAGCAGAGUAUGUGUGACGAGUUCACUAGCAUCUACAACCUAUGCUCGGAGAUCCUGCGGACAGCAGAUCAGGCGAGCUUGAUCAAGGCGACGCUGGAGACACUCCUACGCUUUCUCAACUGGAUUCCGCUCGGCUAUAUCUUCGAGACGCCACCCGGCGGUGUGUCAUUGAUUGAGACGCUACGUAGCCGAUUUCUGGAGGCGCCCGAAUUCCGCAACAUCACGCUGAAGUGCUUAACGGAGAUUGGCAGCUUGCAGACCGAGCAGAACUUCAACGACAAGCUUGUCAUGAUGUUCACAGAAACCCUCACAACCAUCUCCAAGAUUAUUCCGCUAUCACUUGACCUCAAGAGCACAUACGCUUCGUCGAACAGUAGAGAUCAAGAGUUUGUACAGAACCUAGCUCUCUUUUUAUGCAAUUUCUUCAGCAAUCACCUUUCCAUCAUUGAGAACCUGCCAAAUCGCGACUACUUGCUGCACGGCCACUUCUACCUCAUCCGGAUAUCGCAGAUCGACGACCGCGAGAUUUUCAAGAUCUGUCUCGAAUACUGGACGAAACUGGUGUGCGAAUUAUACGACGAAAUGCAGACGCUACCCAUCACCGAUCUGAAUCCACUCGUCAGCAUGGGCGUGAGUGGGCUAGCAAACGGCGGCGCACCGAAUCCGGCGGUAUUGCAAAACUACCCACUGCGGAAGCACAAGUACACGGACGUGCUGUCGAACCUACGACAGGUCAUGAUCGAGAAGAUGGUGCGGCCGGAGGAGGUGCUGAUUGUCGAAAACGACGAAGGCGAGAUUGUGCGCGAGUUCGUCAAGGAGUCAGACACCAUCCAGCUGUACAAGACGACGAGAGAGUGCCUAGUUUUCUUGACGCACUUGGAUGUUGUGGACACAGAGCAGAUCAUGUCGGAGAAGCUGGCGCGGCAAGUGGAUGGCACUGAGUGGAGCUGGGCCAACUGCAACACGCUGUGUUGGGCCAUCGGCUCCAUAUCAGGAGCCAUGAAUGAAGAGACCGAAAAGCGCUUCCUCGUCACUGUCAUCAAGGACCUGCUCGGCCUCACAGAAAUGAAGCGCGGCAAGGACAACAAAGCUGUUGUGGCAUCGAACAUCAUGUACAUUGUUGGCCAGUACCCUCGAUUUCUGAAGGCGCACUGGAAGUUCCUCAAGACGGUCGUCAAUAAGCUUUUCGAGUUUAUGCACGAGACACACGAGGGUGUGCAAGACAUGGCGUGCGACACCUUCAUCAAGAUUGCGAACAAGUGCAAGCGGCAUUUCGUAAUUCAGCAACCCGGCGAGAGCGAGGCGUUCAUUGACGAGAUUGUUCGCACGAUGCGUAAGAUCACGUGCGAUCUCAGUCCGCAGCAGAUCCACACUUUCUACGAGGCUUGCGGUUAUAUGAUUUCUGCGCAAGGGCACAAGAACACCCAGGAGAGGCUGAUCGGAGAGUUGAUGAGCUUGCCAAACCAGGCCUGGGACCAGAUCAUCCAGUCCGCCCACCAGGAUCCGACCAUCCUGCAGAACGCGGAGACGAUUAAGGUGAUUGGCAACAUUAUGAAGACGAACGUGGCGGCGUGUAGCAGCAUCGGACCUUACUUCUACCCGCAAAUAGGGCGGAUAUACAUCGACAUGCUCACAAUGUACCGCGCCUCUUCGCAGCUCAUCGAUGAAAGCGUGCAGAGAGACGGACCGAUUGCGACGAAGAUGCCGAAGGUGCGAGGCUUGCGGACCAUCAAGAAGGAAAUCCUCAAGCUCAUCACCACAUACGUGGAGAAGGCGGACGACCUCGAAAUGAUACAUCAGACACUUGUGCCGCAGUUAUUGGAAGCUGUCUUACUCGACUACAAGCGCAACGUGCCGGAUGCGAGAGAGGCGGAAGUGCUCAGUGUCAUCACGGUCCUCAUCAACAAGUUGCAGGGCAUGAUGACUGAGCAAGUACCCGCCAUUCUCGAUGCGAUCUUCGAAUGCACUCUCGACAUGAUCAAUAAGGACUUCUCCGAAUACCCAGAGCAUCGCGUUGCCUUCUUCUCCCUUCUACGUGCCAUCAACCAGCGCUGCUUCCCUGCCCUGUUGAAGCUCGACGAAGCGCACUUCAAGCUCGUCAUUGACUCCUGCAUGUGGGCCUCCAAGCACGACAACAGGCUUGUCGAAGGCGAGGGACUCAAUAUGUGCAUAGAGCUGAUCACCAACAUGGCCGACUCAACAGACCAGGGCACCUGUGAUGCCUUCUUCCGCCGCUUCUACACCACCAUUCUGCAAGACGUGUUCUUCGUGCUCACUGACUCGGACCACAAGGCCGGCUUCAAGUACCAGAGUAUGCUCCUCGCACGCAUGUUUUGGCUGGUGGGCAUGAACAAGAUAUCCGGACCCAUCUACACGCCCGACCAAGCGCAGCCAGGCACAUCGAACCGGGACUUCUUGCAGAACUUCGUGGCUAACCUCCUGAGCAAUGCAUUUCCCAACCUACAGGCGGCGCAGAUCACGAACUUCAUCCGCUCAUUGUUCGAAUGCACCGAGGACAUUAUCAAGUUCAAGCUCAUUCUUCGUGAUUUCCUCAUCCAGCUCAAGGAGUUUGCGGGUGACAACGCGGAGCUCUUCACAGAAGACCGCGAGCAAGCGGCCAAGGAGGCCAAGGAUGCGGAGAGGGAGCGGGCGAUGAAGGUGGGUGGCUUGCUAAAGCCGAGCGAGCUGGAUGACGACGAGCUAUGACUGGGCAAAGAGGUGGCGUUGAGUCGAGGGGUGGGCUACGGAGAAAUGGCGGCGGAGGACGUGGCCGAGGCGCUCGGGCUGUAACGGCCUCCGAUGUGCUAGGUCACGCGGCCCACGAAGGCUUGGACAGCUUGGGCGCUCCAGGCGAAUGAUGCGUUUGCUGCAAAGCUUGCUUGUUUGCUGCGAAGAUACCUCGCGUGCUUUCGAAUCGAGGCC